AUGGCUGUGGACAGUGAGCAGCAGAAGGACAGCUUACUUCUCGGGUCCAUGGUGAUUCAAGACUCCGGAAUGAGGAACGGCAGAGGUCUGCAGGACCAGUGGUCUGACACAGUGGCUGUGAGACCGAGGACCACUGAGAGACACAUCACUGUGCACAAGAAGCUAGUCCUUGGCUUCGCUAUCUCUAUUCUGGCUUUGAUAGUUGUGACUAUCAUCGCGGUCUUCCUCAGUGUCAGAUUUGAGGAAUGUACAGAUGGCUCCAGUAGAACAAUUAACAGCAGCACUCUGGAGGCAGCCAGAUUUAACCAAAACCUGGAAGUAGGUAAGGACUCAGGAGAUGGAGCAAAGCACCUGCCAGGCAAAGACCGGGAGGAAGACUGGAAACCAUGGAUUUAUCUGAGAUUACCCACUCACCUGAGGCCCCUACACUAUAACCUGAUGAUCACUGCAUUCAUGGACAACUUUACUUUCUCUGGAGAACUUAAUGUGGAGAUUGAGUGCCUAAACUCCAGUAAAUACAUUGUGGUCCAUGCACACAGGUUGACUGUGGAGAGAGUCCAAGUAGCAGAAGAUAGGGUGGCUGGGGACGUGAAAGUUUCCAGCUUCUUUCCUUAUCCACCCAACCAAGUUUUAGUGGUAGUUUUAAACAGGACCCUGGAGGCACAGAAAUGUUACAAUCUGAAGAUCAUUUACAACGCUAUCAUAGAGAAUGAACUGCUGGGUUUCUUCCGGAGCUCCUACGUGAUACAUGGGGAGAGAAGGUCAAUUGCAGUUACUCAGUUUUCUCCAAUCCAUGCCAGAAAAGCUUUCCCUUGCUUUGAUGAACCUAUUUACAAAGCAACUUUCAAAAUAAGUAUCAAGCAUCAAACAUCCUAUAUGUCCUUGUCUAAUAUGCCAGUGGAGACCUCAGUUUUUGAAGAAGGCGGAUGGGUUACUGAUCAUUUUUCACAAACGCCUUUAAUGUCUACAUAUUAUCUUGCAUGGGCAGUGUGCAACUUCACCUACCGUGAGACCAUCACUCGGAGUGGUGUAAUAGUUAGAUUGUAUGCACGACCUGAUGCAGUCAGAAGAGGAUCCGGGGACUACGCACUUAAUAUCACAAAAAGACUUUUGGAAUUCUAUGAAGACUAUUUCAAGGUUGCAUAUUCCUUGCCAAAAUUAGAUUUAUUAGCUGUACCUAAACAUCCUUAUGCUGCUAUGGAAAACUGGGGAUUAAGCGUAUUUGUGGAGCAGAAAAUUCUUCUUGAUCAAAGAAUAUCUUCAAUAUCUUACUUACUUGAUGUCACCAUGGUUAUCGUGCAUGAAAUUUGUCAUCAGUGGUUUGGAGAUCUAGUAACACCAGUAUGGUGGGAAGAUGUAUGGCUAAAGGAAGGCCUGGCUCACUAUUUUGAAUUUGUUGGAACAGACUACCUCUAUCCAGGAUGGAACAUGGAAAAGCAAAGGUUUCUGACAGAUGUUUUACAUGAGGUGAUGCUAUUAGAUGGAUUGGCCAGUUCACAUCCAGUUUCUCAGGAGGUUCUAAAGGCUACAGAUAUCGAUCGAGUGUUUGACUGGAUAGCAUAUAAAAAGGGGGCAGCCUUAAUUCGGAUGUUGGCUAAUUUUAUGGGUCAUAAAGUAUUUCAGAGAGGACUGCAAGAUUACUUAACAACCCAUAAGUAUGGUAACGCAGCAAGGAAAGACCUGUGGAACACACUUUCGAAGGUAUUGAAAAAUGAAGGCAAAUCUGUUAAUAUCCAAGAAGUGAUGGAUCAGUGGACACUUAAAAUGGGAUAUCCUGUCAUAACAAUAAAAAGAAAUGAUACUGUGGAUGAUGGCAUAACAAUUACUCAGAAGCACUUCUUAUACAAUAUAGAUGCAAAUAUCCAAGACCUCGAGCAUAUGAACAAUAGCUACCUUUGGCAGAUUCCAUUAACUAUUGCAGUAGGAAACAUCAGCCACAUCUCCCCCCAGACAAUUAUAUGGGUUUUUAACAAAUCAGAAUAUCAUCAAAUUCCCACUCUGGAUGAAAGCAACUGGGUGCUGGGGAACAUUGAUCAAAUUGGUUACUUUAGGGUUAACUAUGAUAUCAAGAACUGGAGAUUACUGAUUGACCAGCUAAUGAGGAACUGUGAGGUCAUUUCUGUCAGUAAUCGAGCAGGACUGAUCGAUGAUGCUUUCAAUCUGGCAAGAGCUGGAUAUCUGACACAAAAUAUUCCCCUGGAGAUUAUAAAAUACCUUUCUGAAGAAAAGGAUUUUCUUCCCUGGCAUGCUGCAAGCCGAGCACUUUAUCCUCUAGAUAAAUUGCUGGACCGAACCGAAGAAUACAGUAUAUUCAGUGAAUAUGUAUUAAAACAAGUGGCAACAAUGUACUUCCGACUUGGAUGGCCAGUUAAUGGACACAAUGGAUCAAUAAUACAGACAUCUUAUCAGACUGAGGAGCUCAGAAGAGAAGUUAUUAUGUUGGCUUGCAGUUUUGGAAACAAACAGUGCCAUCAAGAAGCAGCAACAAUGAUCUCCGACUGGAUAUCUAGCAACAGAAACAGAAUUCCACCCAAUGUCCGGGACAUCGUCUAUUGCACAGGAGUCUCUUUAAUGGAUGAAGAUGUAUGGGAGUUUAUAUGGAUGAAAUUCCAUUCAACCACAGCUGUUUCAGAAAAGAAAAUAUUAUUGGAAGCAUUGACCUGCAGUGAUAAUAGAAACUUAUUAAACAGGCUUCUAAACUUAUCCCUAAAUUCAGAAGUGGUACUGGAUCAAGAUGCCAUUGAUGUUAUAAUCCAUGUGGCUCGUAAUCCACAUGGAAGGGAUUUAGCAUGGAAAUUCUUCAGGGAUAAAUGGAACAUUUUAAAUGCCAGGUAUGGAGAAGCAUUGUUUAUGAACUCUAAGCUUAUUAGUGGAGUUACAGAAUUCCUCAAUACAGAAGAAGAACUACAUGAGCUUAAAAUUUUUAUACAGCUGCAUACAGUAGGAUCAGCCGUGGCUCCAUUGUCUCGAGCACUUGAAACUGUAGAGGCAAAUGUACGAUGGCAACUUCUGUACAGGGAAGAACUAUUUCAGUGGUUAAGAAAAACUUUGAAACAAUAAACUUUGAGAUCUGAAAGUAAUGAUGCGGUUCAUCACCCUGAGUCACAUUUCUUGGAAAAGACCAGACUGCAUGCUGUAAAAUUUAUUGAAAACAGCAAAAUGGGGCACAAUGUGUCUUUCUCUAUUUUUGCACUUGGCUCUUUUUCAAAUCAAAUGGAAAUUUUUCAAGAGAAAUUACAUGGACUGUAGAAUUAUAUCCCGGCUUUCCAGGCAAAACAUUACAUUUACAGCGCAUGUUGAUGUUACUGUAUAUUUUUCAAUCUAUAUUUUGUGCAUGUUUGUAUAGUCCACCUGUGUACUCCAGCAUGCUUAAACUUACUGUUCAGAUUUUGUAUUAAAACUGCUGUUACAUCAAGAGUGGGCAUUAUGCAAAAGCACAAUGACUGUAUAUGACAAUCAGUGUGGUGAAGAACUGAAACUGGAGGAUAAAAAAACAAUUCUCAAGAGCUCACAUCAACUAUUACUGCAAAUAUGCAUAAUCUAAUUGUAUUAGUAAAUGGAUUGUCUAGCAGUGAUUGCUAUUUCUAUUAAAACAACGAAAAUAUUUUGAGAGUUAAACAAUGUAAUAUACACGUGCAUAUUAAAAUGAUUUAUAUUGCUUUUC